ACACAAUUAAAUAGACAUUGAUUUAAUCGCUGGUAUUGUGCACGACGAGGGCCCAGGAUUUGUUGAAAUUGCCAUCAAAGACCCUGCUCAUAUGACAUUGAUCGCCUUUUACAACGGGCUAAAAGUACUUGACUCACUCGGCUAUCACAACGUGAACCCGCAGAAAAUACCGGAAUAUUACUUGAAAGGUGUCAACACUAGCCAAUCGGCUGAACUGCGAAAGGCAUUUGGCUCACUCAUAGGUGACCUAAUACUUUGUUGUCCGACAUAUCUGUUCGCCAAACGGUUCGCACAAACUGUCAAAGAGUCACAAAGGGUUUACUUUUACGAGUUGUUAUACGCCAGCGAGCGGUUUGCCAAACAGACCACGUGCGAUUUAACCACCCAGGGCGUUUGCCAUGGUAUGGACAUACCAUUUGUGUUUGGGUUGCCUCUACUUUACUCCGAUGAUUAUAGCCCCGAAGAUAUCUAUUACGCUAAUUAUGUGAUUAAAAUGUGGGCUAAGUUUGCCACCGAUGGUCAUAUGAACUCUGAAUGGCCUCAACUGUUAAACAAUGACUCUAUGAGUGGACCCAAAGUGAAAGGAUUGGACCCCAAAAAUAUACCACUAGUACUCGACGACCCGUUUCACGGGACUUGUGAUGGUGUUUGGGCUGAUUAUUACCUUUAA